AUCUAAUUGCUUUUCCUUUUUAAUCCAAUUUCAUUUUAUAAUUUUAAAACAGGAUUCCGAGGAGUCCAGGACAUACAAAACUAUGAAGCCCUGCUCCAGAUUCUCUCCAGGAAUAUAAUUCUAAGUACCCAUUGGUUGACGGGCCGUCCAUCUGCAAAAGACCACCCAAUGAAAAGGCGCGCCAAGUAGGAGGCGGUGGUGAGGGCGGAACGACGGCGCGAGCAGGGCGGAGAGGGAGGAGGGGUGACGCAGCGGCGCGGUGACGCAGCGUGGCGGCGGCGACGGCGGCGGCAGCGGCGGCGGCGGCGGCGACGGCGUCGGUCGGUGUGAGGAGAGAGGGAGGGAAGGCGGAGAGAGCGAGGCGAGUGAGGGCGGCGGUGGCGCGGGCCCGAGGCGGAGCCCAUGGAGACCUCCCUGAUGUGAGCAGGCCUCUGCCCCCGCUGCCCCUCCCGGGAUUUUCUAAGCACCCUGAUCCCCUGGGGAGAGACCACAAGAUUCUGGAGCCGAGACCAUGUGACAGCGUUGCCCUGCCCCACCAUUCCCCCACCCCCGGCCUCUGCCGGUGCCAAGCCCAGGCCCUGGCCACGGCACCAUGAUGUUCCGAGACCAGGUUGGCAUCCUUGCCGGCUGGUUCAAGGGCUGGAAUGAGUGUGAGCAGACGGUGGCCUUGCUGUCCCUGCUGAAGCGGGUCACCCGAACCCAGGCCCGGUUUCUGCAGCUUUGCCUGGAGCACUCCUUGGCAGAUUGUAACGACAUCCACCUUCUGGAGUCGGAGGCCAACAGUGCUGCCAUCAUCAACCAAUGGCAGCAAGAGUCCAAAGAGAAGGUAGUCUCCCUCUUGUUGUCCCAUCUGCCCCUGCUCCAGCCCGGCAACACAGAGGCCAAGUCUGAGUAUAUGAAGCUGCUGCAGAAGGUGCUGGCCUAUUCCAUUGAGAACAACGCCUUCAUUGAGGAGAGUCGGCAGUUGCUGUCCUACGCCCUCAUCCACCCGGCCACCACACUGGAGGACCGAAACUCGCUAGCCCUCUGGCUCAGCCACCUUGAGGAACGGCUGGCCGGGGGCUUCCGGACCCGCGCAGAGACGGCCUACCACUCCCGCCAGGGCUCAGAUGAGUGGGGUGGCCCCGGGGAGGCUGGCCCUGGCGAGCUCGGGCCCGGCUGGCAGGACAAGCCGCCACGAGAAAACGGACAUGUGCCCUUCCACCCUUCUGGUGCGGUGCCAUCCACCAUCAACAGUAUUGGGAGCAACGCAAAUGCAGGCCUCCCCUGCCAAAUCCAUCCAAGCCCGCUGAAGCGGUCCAUGUCGCUCAUCCCCACGAGCCCACAGGGCCCUGGUGAAUGGCUGAGCCCAGAGGAACUGGGGGCAAGAGCCGCCUUUGCCCCACCCGACCACGCGCCCCUCUCACCCCAGAGCAGCGUGGCUUCCUCAGGCAGCGAGCAGACGGAGGAGCAGGGCUCCAGCCGGAACACUUUUCAGGAGGAUGGUAGUGGUAUGAAAGAUGUGCCAUUGUGGCUCAAGAGUCUUCGCUUACACAAGUACGCAGCCCUCUUCUCCCAGAUGAGCUACGAGGAGAUGAUGACCCUGACAGAGCAGCAUCUGGAAUCUCAGAACGUGACCAAAGGUGCCCGUCACAAGAUUGCCCUGAGCAUCCAGAAGCUGCGUGAGAGGCAGAGUGUCCUCAAGUCCCUGGAGAAGGAUGUCCUGGAAGGUGGGAACCUGAGGAAUGCAUUACAGGAGCUCCAGCAGAUCAUCGUCACACCUAUCAAGGCCUACAGCAUCCUACAGGCAGCUGUGGUGGCUGCUGCCAAGGAGGGGGGAAGGGGGGAGCCGCCGCUGGGCGCCGAGCCCCCCCCAGCUCGCCCCGGCCCGGAGAAGAACCCGGAGGCCAAGGAUCCCCCAGCAGAAAGCUAUCCCCCCCAGCCGGCCCCCGCCCCCAGUGAUGGCAGCGAGCCGGCCACAGCCCCCGUCGCCGAUGGAGACCUCCCCAGCCAGUUUACCCGAGUGAUGGGCAAAGUGUGCACCCAGCUGCUGGUGUCCCGGCCAGAUGAGGAAAACAUUACCAGUUACCUCCAGCUCAUCGAAAAGUGCCUGACACAUGAGGCUUUCACCGAGACACAGAAGAAACGCCUGCUGUCCUGGAAACAGCAGGUCCUCAAGCUGCUCCGAACCUUUCCCAGAAAAGCUGCCCUAGAGAUGCAGAACUACCGGCAGCAGCAGAAGGGCUGGGCUUUUGGCUCCAACUCGCUCCCCAUAGCUGGUUCUGUGGGGAUGGGAGUGACCCGACGGGCCCAGCGCCAAUUCCAGAUGCCCCCUCGGGCCCUGCCGCCUAGCCGAAUGGGCAUCCUGAGCCCCGCGGGCAUUGGGGGCGUCUCACCUCGGCAUGCCCUCACCAGCCCUAGUCUCGGGGGACAAGGACGACAGAACCUGUGGUUUGCCAACCCUGGAGGCAGUAACAGCAUGCCCAGCCAGAGCCGGAGCUCCGUGCAGCGCACCCACUCCCUCCCUGUGCAUUCCUCCCCCCAGGCUCUCCUCAUGUUCCCACCAGACUGCCAGGUUCCGGGCCCAGACCUGGAGAUCAACCCCACGCUGGAGUCUCUCUGCCUCAGCAUGACGGAGCACGCCUUGGGUGAUGGGACAGACAAAACCUCCACGAUCUGAUGUGACUGAGAGCCCAGCGGACACGUCGUCCCCUUGGGGUGGGGAGAGGGGGCCACCUAUCCCCUCAGUGACAGAGGGGUGGUGUUGGCUCAGUUAUAUGUUCUAAUAUUUUUCUACUUUAUUAUCCCUUUAA